GUCUGGUGCAUUUAGCAGAGCAGAUGAAAGCAGAGUGCCUACAUUACAAAAAGAAGCUCAAAGCUCGAGGAGAGAGAGAGAGAGAGAGAGAGAGAAUCACAUCCACUGAUUCAAAACGUAUGUUCCACUAAAACUAUGUUCAGUGUCAAAAUGUUCACAACAAUAAUAAAAUAGAAGAUUUGGUGUUUUUUUUUUUAAUUUUUGUGAUCGUCAACAAAUGCCACACAAAGACUCAAGCAGCUGCGUUAGUCCGUCAUCAGAACUAUAAACUCAUUUGUUGCUACUGACGACAUGAAUCUGAAAUCACAGUUUAACUUUUAAAUCAGACUAAAUGUGUUCCCUGCUCUUGUCUUUGAAUGAGAUACAGUACAAUCAUGUUUUGUGAGGUCACCAUGACCUCGACCUUUGACCUUUAGCCACAAAAAUCUAGUCAGUUUCUCCUUGUUUUCUUUCUGAAAACACAGUGACGUCAGCAGAUUCUCAUUGACACUGUCGAAGCCUCAUAUUAGCUCCUCAUUUAACAUCCAAUAAAUGCACAAAAUGCCCCGAUACAAAUAUUUAGAAAUAAAAAUAAAAAAGUAAUUUGGAAGAUGCUCCUCCUUUGGCUUUUUUGGAACUGUAUAAAAAUCAACAAAGUGCCUCUUUAGAUUUUCAGUCACAGCUACAGUCACCUCCGUCGACUUCCUCCAUCGACCUGCUAAUUCUUUAAAACCAGUACAAACCUCAGAAGGAUCACUCUGGACACACCAGCAGCUCACCUGGUCACACCUGUACCUUGUGUCUUCCUGUCUGUCUCCACAAUCAAAUCAAAGCAAAUAUGCCGUAAAAAAUGAUUACAUUUCAUGCCGCCUCCACUGUGUCACCAGGUAACCAUGGUGAAGGAGAGUCUGCCCAGCUGGGUCCACCAGGACUCUGACGAGGGUCUGGUCCACGUGAACGUCGGCGGUCUGAAGAGGAGCCUCUGCUCCAGCACGCUGAAGAAGUUCCCAGACACCAGACUGGGAAAGCUGCUGGCCUGUGACUCAGAGGAGGAUAUACUGCAGGUGUGCGAUGACUAUGACGUGCAGCAGAAGGAGUUUUAUUUUGAUAGGAAUCCCGGCCUCUUCCCGUACGUCCUCCACUUCUACCAGACCGGCAAACUUCACAUCAUGGAGGAGCUGUGCGUCUUCUCCUUCAGUCAGGAGAUAGAGUACUGGGGCAUCAAUGAGUUCUUCCUGGACAGUUGCUGCAGUUACCGUUACCACGACCGCAAGCUGGAGAGCAGCCGCCACCGCAGCUGGGACGACGAGAGCGACGUCAGCAGCAUCGACACGUCUGUGGACGAGAUAUCAGACUUAAACAGAGACAUGCAGCACUUCCAGGAAGUGCGUUACGGGAACAUCAGGAAGUGCCUGUGGCUGACGCUGGAGAACCCGGGAUACUCCAUCCCCAGCAAGCUGUUCAGCCUGAUCUCCAUCGGCGUGGUGCUCACAUCCAUCGCCACCAUGUGCAUCAACAGCAUCCCCGAGUAUCAGACGUUUGACUCUGAGGGGAAGCUGGUGGAGGACCCCACCAUGCAGGCCCUGGAGGUGUUCUGCAGCUGCUGGUUCACCUUCGAGGUGGUGACUCGACUGCUGCUCGCGCCGAACAGGAAGAAGUUCUUUCACCACCCGCUGAACAUCAUUGACAUGGUGUCGGUGGUUCCCAUCUACAUCACCCUGAUCUUCGACCUGCUGGUGGGAUCAGAGUCUGAGCUGGGAGACCUGGGACGCCUCAUUCAGGUCUUCAGGCUGAUGAGGAUCUUCAGAGUCCUGAAGUUGGCCCGACACUCGACAGGCCUCCGGUCACUGGGAGCGACACUACGGCACAGUUACCGUGAGGUCGGCAUCCUGCUGCUGUACCUGGCUGUGGGCGUGUCCGUCUUCUCUGGGAUCGCUUACACCGCUGAAUAUGAAGAGGACGUGGGUCUGGACACCAUCCCGGCCUGCUGGUGGUGGGGGACGGUGAGCAUGACCACGGUCGGUUACGGGGACGUGGUGCCCGUCACGGUGGCCGGGAAGCUGGCGGCCAGUGGCUGCAUUUUAGGCGGCACUCUGGUGGUGGCGCUGCCCAUCACCAUCAUCUUCAAUAAGUUCUCCCACUUCUACCGGAAACAGAAAGCUCUGGAGGCGUCGGUGAGGAACAACAACCGCAGGAAGAUGAGGAUGAGCUGCGAGAACGAGCCGGAGGAGGACGAGGAGGAGGGGUCAGACGGGGACAGCCGGUGUCUGGACGAUGAUGAUGAUGAUCUGGAUGAUAUCGAUGAUAUCGAGGAGGACGAUAUAGAUUAUGAAGAUGACGGAGGUGUAAUAAAUUACAGCUACGUGGAGCAUUCGUCCUACGCUUCGAUACGGAGGAAGAAGGAGCUGCAUCAUCUGUGAUGUCAUCAGCUGGAGAUUAAAGCUGCUCAGACUCAGAUCAUCAGGAACACAUGAAACCAUGUGAAGUUUCACGUGUUCGGUUCUGACCUGAAUCUUCUGUCGCUCUCUGACCGCUCACUGUCAUUAAUCUCUGCAUCCGCUCAAACAAACAUGGAGGAGGAUAAAUCACGUGUUUCAGAUGCUUCUGAAUGAUUAAAGUUCGCUCUGUAAAUGAUAAAACUUUAGAUCUUCCAUGACAGGCUGUGGUUUGUUGGUCUGUUUCAGGCUGGAGGUUCGUUCACAGACGAGUUUCUAAAAACAUGGAUGUGAAGAAUGAAAGAAAAAAAACAUGUAACCAAAAGCAAAGGUCAGAUUUAGAGAAGUGAAGUGAAGCCGCACGCUGCAGUGAAAGAAACUCAAUAAAAACAUAUCACGACAAACUGUGGAGCCUUCUGUGGAAGAAGAAGUAGAAAGAAAAGAUAUUAAAAGUGAAAGUUCAACAUUUUUGGGAAAUAUUAUUAUUUUCUUUGUUACUCUGGGACGUAGUCAGAGAAGAAGAAAGGCCGUACUCACAAAUGAUUUUUUAUCCCGUUAUGUCGAGAAAACAAAGCUCAUUAUCCCGAGGUAACAAAACAUUAUCACCGGUCUGUUGUUAUCCCGAGUUAACGGGAUAAUUACAUCGUUAUCUCGAGAUUUCAAAGCUUGUUUUCUCAUGAUAAUUAAUUUGUUAGUCAGAGAUCAGAUGCAGAUGGAAACGUCUAGUGCAAUAAAGUGAAAAUGUCAUGACGACACAUUGAUCAUCAGAGAAUAUUUCAAUCAAGGGCAAAAAUCACACGGUGUCUUUUCAUACAAGAUCAUUAUCAGAUCAGACCUCAUCAGCUAACGAGUUACUAAGGGUUGUUGCUAAGGAGGAGUGUUACUACGAUUAAGUGUAUUAGUGUCAUUCUCCUGAUAACGUCUCGUUAUCUCGGGAUGACAAGCUCUGUUUUCUUGAGAUAACGAGAUAAAAAAUCAUUUGUGAGUUUCUCGGCUUCUGAUCUUGCUGGGAACAGAGGGAGAUGGUUUCUGUUUCCUUCAGACAGAACCAGGCUAACUGUUUCCCUCUGUUUACAGUCUUUGUGCUAAGCUAAGCUAAAAGGUUUGAGUCUCUUGUAAAUGUGAAGAACCGUCACAGGGGACAUUAAAGUAUUUCACUGCCGCAGUGAGAGACGUGUAGCAGCAGCAGCGACGCAGGAUUAUCAUUAACGUUCAGUUAAUCCUGAAGGAACAUGAAGGUCUGAGACAAAUCUCAAUUAAUCCAAUAGUUGUUCAGACAUUUCACUCAAAUCCAUAAAAAUUCAUCAUUCCUCUUGAAACCGUGAAUUUUCUAACAAUCCAUCCAACAGUUGUCGAGAUAUUUUUGUCUGGAGCAACUGACAAACUUAUCGCCUUCAUCAGCUCCAACGUGACGCACUGACCUUCAGGUUUCUCUGUAACUGCAGCCGUCGACAAACACAAGCAGAAAAACCAAAUCCUUAAAGAUUCGAGUUUCUUCUGUUUCUAUAAAGAGUGAAUCCUGUUCAGUUUGAGCCACAAAAAAACACAUGAAACAUCUGGACGGGUUCAGUGUGACGGCUGCGUCACUGGAGAGUGGAUCACAUCUGUCAAAGUGUCAUUUAAUAUCAUGGAUGAUGCUGCAGACAGAGGAGACAGGAAACUGCUGAGCGUCUCCCUUCCUCUCUUUCUGUCACUUUCCUUUACUCCUCGACUGGACUCUACGUUGUCCUUGUUUCCUCUUCUAUCUUUGCCUCUGGAUCUGGUUCAUUUCAAGUCUAAUGUGUUUUUAAAAAAGAAAAUGUUAAUGAAAAACAAGCUGGAAACGACAUGAAGCAAAAUAAAAGGUGAAAGAUAAAAAAGUGCAUGUUUCUAAAAUAAAAAAAAAGAACAAGA